AUGACUUCAGGAAGUCCCAUCACAACGGCCUCGAAGGCCCCAAGCUCGUUUCUCGACCUACCUGUCGAACUCAAGACAGAAAUCUUAUCCUAUCUGCCUUUCACAGAGAUCAGAGAGAGCCGUCGCGUAUGCAAGAAUCUUCGCGACAUCGUUGACGAGAAAAGCAACAUCAUGACUUUGUACGAACCAGGCCAGGAGCGCGAUCGGGAUCGUCUGAACGAUGCUGUAGCCAGUUUCCUUGACCUCAAAGGCGUAGGCUUUCUCGAUGCUCUAGCUCGCUGGGUCGGACAACGUGGUAUUUGCCCCGAUUUCGAAAUGAGACAUAUCCUGAUUGAAGCACUAGUCAGAGAAUGGAUUAAGCAGCAAGGCAUCGAUGGUAGCAGACCUGAGCUCGCACGCGAUAGAGUUGUGUUGACCUACUUCGCAAACGAGUACAUCAACGCUCACGUCUAUGCUCAUCUCGAUGAAGAAGGUUAUGAGAUCAUAUGGGGCAACAGCUCCAGUCCUGAAUUGUGGAAUUCCUGGCCAAGAGUACUCCAAAGGUUAGGCUUGUAUGGCAUAUCGGAGGAUAUGCUUGCAGAAUGGGACAAUGAGGUAAGACAAGACAGUCGAAAGCUCGCCGCUCCAGCAAUGGUUCCUCGUCCUGACUACACCCUCACGCGUCUGGACUAUUUCGUUCCACUUUGGGAAAGCUGGGAUGAAGAUUCGGAGACUUCGGACGAAGAUUCGGACAGCGGGGACGAAGAUUUGGGAGACUUUCAUGACCUUGAUUAUCGAAAGGUAGAGGAUCGGGGUUUGUGUUCCAGCGAACGCCUUGCUGAGCUUUUCGGCUUGCGCGUGCUCCCAGAAUCUUGCCGCCAUUUCGCUUUCUGCGUCAAGACCAAACGAGCAUACGACAUAGUCGAACAAGCUGUAGAUGGUGCUCAGAUCCGCGAACAGGACAAGGCGUUUGUGCUGGAGGACAUGUAUUUGUUCUAG